CUGUAACCUGAUUUCAAACUCUAAAAUACUCUUCAUUGAGACGAACAUAUGCUACUUCAUUUCAUAUCAUUCAUAAGAUGCAGCAGAAAAUGAGGAAGACUGAAAAGUCACAUGAUUCACACCGUGGAAAAUCCAAAUCCCCAGCGCAGGAUCUCGAGAGAUUUUCGAGCAGAAGAACACUGCGUGCGAUAAACUCACCACGUCUCUGUAAUCGGAUUUGUUCAGACAGGUUUUGAUAGAUAAGAUGGGGAGAAAAAGAUAUAGAUCUACAUGGUCAGUAUUACAAUCGAAACGACUGAUCAGUCAUUCUCGCGAGAGUAAGCUGAACAAGAAGGAGACCAAACUUGGUGAGGAUGGGCACUUCGGAUAUAAAGAAGGAAAAAAGCAAUCUCGACCACGAGAUUCAAGAUCAUCCGGACAUUCAAAAUGUGGAGGGAGGAGAUAAGAAGAUAAAGUAUCCCAAGUCGGUGUUCUUCAUCAUCACCAAUGAAUUCUGCGAAAGAUUCUCUUUCUAUGGAAUGCGUACCAUCCUGGCGCUAUACCUGAGUAAUAUGUUAAAAUACAGCGAGAGUGCAGCCACAAUGAUAUAUCAUGUCUUUAUUUGUUUCGUCUAUUUCUUCCCGCUCGUGGGUGCAAUCGUAUCUGAUUCUUGGCUUGGAAAAUAUCGCACCAUUUUUUAUGUGAGCAUUAUUUACUCGAUUGGACAGCUGAUUUUAUCCGCAAGUGCGGCACCUCCUUUCGGACUGCCUGCAAGGGAAUUAUCUAUGCUAGGCUUGCUCCUGAUUGCGCUUGGCACAGGCGGGAUAAAACCUUGCGUAUCUGCUUUUGGAGGCGAUCAGUUUAUCCUACCUCAACAAGAGCGAUACUUGACGAUGUUCUUUUCCCUUUUCUACUUUUCCAUUAACACGGGCUCUCUGAUCUCCACUUUACUCACUCCGAUAAUACGUGACACGACAUGCUUCGAUGAUGAAUGCUUCUCUCUGGCAUUUUUGGUACCAGCCAUUUUAAUGAUUGUAUCAAUUGUAAUAUUUGUCUCGGGAAAACGAUUGUAUAAAAUAGUACAGCCUAGGGGUAAUCUUAUCGUCAAGGUUUCCAAGUGCAUUUGCCAUGCGAUCUCUAAUAAGAUGAAGGGCAAAGAAAGGAAAUGCGAUCACUGGCUCGACCACGCCGACGAUACGUACGAAAACAAGCUGAUCGAAGACAUCAAGGCCGCAUUGCGGGUCCUGAAGCUGUUCAUACCGCUGCCAAUUUUCUGGGCGUUAUAUGAUCAGCAGGGCUCUCAAUGGACGUUUCAAGCAACGCGGAUGGACGGCCAGAUAGGCAGCUUCGUACUGUUGCCGGAUCAGCUGCAAGCCGUCAAUCCAUUACUGAUCAUCAUCUUUAUACCUAUUUUCGAAACCUGCAUCUAUCCGGUUUUUGAAAAGAUACACAUUAUCAACACGCCUUUGAAGAAGCUCGUUGUCGGCGGAUUCUUAGCCAGCGUGGCCUUCAUCGCGGCCGGUCUUGUCGAGAUGGAAAUCGAGAAAACUUAUCCAAAAUUACCGUCUGAAGGAUUGACUCAAAUUCGAAUUUUUAAUACGAUGAAUUGUCCCGUAAGUCUAACUUGGACAAAACAAAACAAAAAAGUUGAAAUACCAUCGUUAAGUAUGUGGGCAGAUUUAGAAGUGGAAGCGCACGGCUCGGUUUCAUUACCCUACGUAGCGAAUUUCAUAGCGUGCAAUGAUAAAGGCUACACCAAUUUUACUACUAGUGAAGAAACAGGAACUAUUACGGCCACGGAGGCUACCGCGUCGUCUUGGGUUUUAACACCUUUGGGACUGCAGUAUAACUACACAGACGUCGUGGAUAAACCUGAUCAGGGCAAACCGGCUAUUCGUAGUCUCUUCUAUCUAGCACCUGAAUUGAGCGACUCCAGCCUGAAAUUCGUCGAUUCGUCGGGCAAAACUGUAUUGUCAAUAGCAGUCAACAGUUCGGUUUUCGCGCAUUCGGAGCUGAAACAAUUCGAGAAACCAAACACGUACGACAUCUUUCUGAACGAUUAUCUACUGAAGAAGGACGUGUCCUUCAGACUCGGCGGGGCGUACACGAUAGUGGGUAGUUAUUUGCCCGAACUCAAAGAAGAAAUCACCGGUGAAAUAAUCACGGUCACGCAACCCAAUUCGCUUCACAUGGCCUACAUGUUGCCGCAAUACAUUAUCAUCACGAUGGCCGAAGUGAUGUUCUCCAUAACCGGCCUGCAAUUCGCCUUCACCCAGGCACCGGAGAGCAUGAAGUCUUUACUAACGGCAGGUUGGCUGUUGAGCGUGGCCUUCGGCAAUCUCAUCGUGGUCAUCAUAAAGGGUUCGCGUCCUUUCGAGCGGCAGGUCUACGAGAUUUUCUUGUACGCCGGUCUAAUGGCGGUAGUUAUAGCGAUAUUCGCUGUGAUGACCAUGUUUUACAAAUACGUGGAAAUGCCAGAGGAGGAAGAAGAAGACGAUAAGACCAUACCUCUAGAAGAACAAAACGGAAAAGUUAAUCCGACUUUUAAAGAGGACGAAAAGUGACGAUAAGAACGGGCCGAUUGAGCUAGGAAUCAUAAGUUUUACGUGUUCUCUUAUUCGAACGAGGUAAGGAGCGCGCGACAUAGCAUGUCGAGAAUAAUUAUUGAGAUUCUGUUUCCAUCGAACGUCUGAACACAUCGUCUUCGAAUGCAACAAAAUAUAGGAACUCUUCGUAAACUCAUCUCUCUACAAUAAAAGUUGCAUAAAAUAAUUAUUAUAGACUGAAGAUAGAUAUACACAUUGCAUUAAAUAGCAACUCGAGAAUUCUCGACGAAAAAUAGUGUCUUUUAACUAUAAAAAAAGAAGAUGAGAUAAAUAUCUUAUAUUGUAUAUAAUAUUUUA